AUGUCUUCCCCUACUGUCGUCCUCGUCACGGGUGCCAACAGCGGCCUUGGCUACGAGAUUGUCAAGUCCUUCUACGAGGCACCCAAGCCAUACCACAUCAUCAUGACCAGCCGUUCUCUGGAGAAUGGCACCGCUGCCAGCGAUCAGAUCAAGAACGAGGUCCCUUCCUCAGCCAACACCAUCCAGGUCGUGCAGAUGGAUCUCACCAGCGACGAGUCCAUCAACGCCGCCUUUGCCGCCGUGCAGUCGACCAAUCCCAAGAUUGACGCCCUCAUCAACAACGCAGGCGCCACGUUUGACAUCAAGUACAGCGACGGCCAGUUAUCCCUCCGCGACUGCUUCAACCGGGCCUACGACGUCAACGUGACCGGAACCACCAUCGUCACCCACACCUUUAUGCCCCUCCUCCUGGCCUCCUCCUCGCCACGGCUCCUCUUCGUCGCCGGCCUGUCGCAGAUCACGCAGGCCGCGGUAAAGUACUUUCCCACGCCGCCGCAGCCCGCCGGCUGGCCGAAGCCCGCCGUGGGCUUCGAGACGAUUGGCUACCGCUGCAGCAAGACGGCGCUCAACAUGCUCAUGCUCGACUGGAACCACAAGCUGCAGGCCGACGGCGUCCGGGUGUGGGCCGUCGGGCCGGGCAUGCUGGCGACGAACCUGGGCGGCAAGCCGGAGCUGGUCAAGGCGCUGAACCUGGACCACCCGCGCAAGGGAGGACGGCUGAUGAGAACCGUGGUGGAGGGCGAGAGGGAUGGGGAUGCGGGCAAGGUCAUUUCGUACGAUGGACUGCUGCCGCUGUAG